UUGAAGGUGUGGAUCAACUUAACAUGCCAUCUUCUUCUAUAAAAACCUCUUCAACUUCCUUGAUUGUUACAAAGAGAUCAAAUCAUCUAAUAAAUUAAAUUGAGAUGGCAAGCGAAGAAGCUGCAGCAGCUAAAAUGGUGGGAGAUAAGUACAGGUCUUUCAUAUAUGAUGAGGGAGAGAAGAGUACUGAGUGGAGGCAUGGCGGCCCUCCUUCAUAUGAUGUCGUCAACAAGCUAUUUGAAGAAGGCAGGACUAAGGAAUGGCCAAAAGGGUCACUGGAAGAAAUAGUUCAGAAUGCUAUCAAGUCAUGGGAGAUGGAGGUUUCACACAAGAUCCGCUUGAAGGACUGCAAGACCUUAAACCCUGACAAGUUCAAGCUCUUCGUUAAUGGAAGAGAGGGGUUAUCCGGGGAAGAAACUAUUAGGCUUGGGACCUACAAUUCCUUACUGAAGAGUUGUAUGCCGAAGGAGUUCCAGUACUACAAAGCAGAAGAAGAGACAUUUGAAUCGUCUCAUGAAAUUUUUGGAUCGGCUUUUCCUCGAGGGUUUGCAUGGGAAGUGCUUCGUGUUUAUACUGGACCUCCUGAAAUUGUUUUCAAGUUCAGGCACUGGGGUUUCUUUGAGGGACCCUUUAAUGGACAUGCUCCCACCGGAGAGAUGGCUCAAUUUUUUGGAUUUGCCACUCUCAAGGUUGAUGAAUCUCUUAGGGUAGAAGAGGUGGAGAUCUACUUCGAUCCAGCGGAGCUAUUUGGAGGCCUUCUAAAGGGGCCACCCAUCUCGGAGUCCCACCCUUCUAAUGUAGCUUUUAAGGCUAAUUAA